CUCUCCCCAUCCGGGGCAGUGGGGAAUGGCUGAGCCCGGGAUUUGCCGCUGCCGCCGCCGCCGCCGCCGCCGCCGCCGCCGCCCGCUGUCGGCUCGGGCCGCAGGACCUUAGCAUCCUGAGACAUUUUGGAUUUAUAGCCCUCAAGACUGACGCAGACAGAGCUCAUCAUGUCAAAGUUAAAAAGCUCAGAGUCGGUCCGGGUGGUGGUUCGCUGUCGGCCCAUGAAUGGCAAGGAAAAGGCCGCUUCCUACGACAAGGUGGUGGACGUGGAUGUGAAGCUGGGGCAGGUGUCUGUGAAGAACCCUAAAGGCACAACCCAUGAAAUGCCCAAGACCUUCACCUUUGAUGCAGUCUAUGACUGGAACGCCAAGCAGUUUGAACUCUAUGACGAGACGUUCCGACCUCUCGUGGACUCUGUUCUGCAAGGUUUCAAUGGGACAAUUUUUGCCUAUGGACAAACUGGGACUGGGAAAACCUACACUAUGGAAGGAGUCCGAGGUGACCCUGAAAAACGAGGUGUCAUUCCCAACUCAUUUGACCACAUCUUCACCCACAUCUCUCGCUCGCAGAAUCAGCAGUACCUCGUCAGGGCUUCCUACUUAGAGAUCUACCAGGAGGAGAUCCGAGACCUGCUCUCAAAGGACCAGACCAAACGGCUCGAGCUCAAAGAGAGGCCUGACACGGGAGUGUAUGUGAAGGACUUGUCUUCCUUUGUCACCAAGAGUGUGAAGGAGAUAGAGCACGUGAUGAACGUGGGGAACCAGAACCGCUCCGUUGGGGCCACCAACAUGAAUGAGCACAGCUCGCGUUCCCACGCCAUCUUUGUCAUCACCAUCGAAUGCAGCGAGGUGGGCCUCGAUGGUGAGAACCACAUCCGGGUGGGGAAGCUGAACCUGGUGGAUCUUGCUGGCAGCGAACGGCAAGCCAAGACCGGGGCACAAGGGGAGAGACUGAAGGAGGCAACAAAGAUCAACCUCUCCCUGUCAGCCCUGGGUAACGUCAUCUCUGCCCUGGUGGAUGGGAAAAGCACUCACAUUCCCUAUCGAGACUCAAAGCUUACCAGACUCCUCCAAGAUUCCCUGGGUGGCAACGCCAAGACUGUGAUGGUAGCCAACGUGGGACCUGCCUCAUACAAUGUGGAAGAGACUCUGACCACCUUGAGAUAUGCCAACCGUGCCAAAAACAUUAAGAAUAAGCCAAGGGUCAAUGAGGACCCAAAGGAUGCCCUCCUUCGAGAAUUUCAGGAAGAAAUUGCUCGGCUCAAGGCCCAGCUGGAAAAGCGCUCCAUUGGCAGGAGGAAGCGGCGAGAGAAGCGGAGGGAAGGUGGUGGCAGUGGUGGGGGUGGGGAAGAGGAGGAGGAGGAGGGAGAAGAGGGUGAGGAGGAAGGGGAUGAUAAGGAUGAUUACUGGAGGGAGCAGCAAGAAAAACUGGAGAUUGAGAAGCGGGCCAUUGUGGAAGACCACAGCUUGGUUGCAGAGGAGAAGAUGAGACUGCUGAAGGAGAAGGAGAAAAAGAUGGAGGACCUGCGGCGGGAAAAGGAUGCUGCUGAGAUGCUGGGUGCCAAAAUCAAGGCCAUGGAAAGUAAACUACUUGUUGGAGGAAAAAAUAUAGUAGAUCAUACAAAUGAACAGCAGAAAAUACUGGAACAGAAACGGCAGGAAAUUGCAGAGCAGAAACGUCGAGAAAGAGAAAUCCAGCAACAGAUGGAAAGUCGAGAUGAGGAGACCUUGGAACUUAAAGAGACGUACAGCUCAYUGCAGCAAGAGGUGGACAUCAAGACCAAAAAACUCAAAAAGCUCUUCUCCAAGCUUCAGGCAGUGAAGGCCGAGAUCCACGACCUUCAAGAAGAGCACAUCAAGGAGCGCCAGGAGCUGGAGCAGACGCAGAACGAGCUCACCCGGGAGCUGAAGCUCAAGCAUCUUAUUAUAGAAAACUUUAUCCCUCUGGAGGAAAAAAGUAAAAUUAUGAAUAGAUCCUUCUUUGAUGAAGAGGAAGAUCAUUGGAAGUUACACCCUAUAACCAGACUGGAGAAUCAGCAGAUGAUGAAGCGGCCAGUCUCUGCGGUGGGAUACAAGAGACCAUUGAGCCAACAUGCAAGAAUGUCCAUGAUGAUUCGUCCAGAGGCCCGAUACAGGGCAGAAAAUAUUGUGCUCUUAGAGCUGGACAUGCCCAGCCGGACCACCAGAGACUAUGAGGGUCCAGCCAUUGCCCCCAAGGUCCAGGCUGCACUGGAUGCAGCUCUGCAGGAUGAAGAUGAGAUACAGGUGGAUGCAUCAUCCUUUGAAAGCACUGCAAAUAAGAAAUCCAAGGCCAGGCCCAAGAGUGGAAGGAAGUCGGGAUCCUCCUCCUCCUCCUCCUCAGGAACCCCUGCAUCUCAACUGUAUCCACAGUCUCGGGGGCUGGUUCCCAAGUAAGGCCAGUGCCUCCUCUCCCAGGGCGUGACAGCAGCAUUGCCUUCUGAGAAAAGAGACGAGCACAAAGCUGCAGAGAGGACUUGAGCCAAACUCAGAACUGUUCCCCUGAGGAGAAGCGAUGGCCUCUUUGCAGAGUAACCAACUUAAUCUGGUUGAAUGUGCUAGUCCUAAUCUGGCACUCAGCUUCUCUGGGAAAUGUUCUUUAAUUAGCAUCUCAGAAAUGCAUGGGUAAGGUAAAGUGCGAUAGUCGAAGUGGACAGCAAGAGAAUGACCAUGACCUUGCUUCACUUCUCCCCCUCCUCCUUCUUCCCGGCCCUCUCUCCCUCUCCCCUCUCCUUUUUGAGCCUGUUCUUCACAUUGGGUUCCCUUCUUCUUGAACAAUAGGGCAGAGUCAGGAGUCCCCUUAGCAGGACCAUGUCUUUGGAGCCUCAGGAUAAAAUAACAACAAGGUUGAAAAGUGAAAGUCCUAAAACUUGAGUAGGUGCCUGUUCUUAUAGGGAAAAAAACAAGAAAUCUCAUUUGGACCCAAGCCCCAGGAGGUGCGAUCAGUAAUCUUGCUUCCAUGCCCCUCAGUAAGAAGUAGAGCUGCCUUUGGGGUCUGCUGAAUGAGGACGUCUCUUCCAGUGUCUGCUCCUGAAGGAUUCAAUGUCAGAAGCAAUAGAAAUAACAUUCCCUCUGUCUCCUUGGAGAGUUUAGGGAAACAGCUUCUUUAGAACCUCAAAACCAUGACGAUCCUGUCAAAGACCUAGAUCUGUAAGCUGAUGCCACGUCCUUCCACCUUGUCACAUUACUCUUCACUUGUCCCCAUCUUUCCCAUGCAUGCAUCCUCUGAGUGUCCUUCUGUAGGGCCAUCCUCCACCUCAGGAGCGUGUUCUGCCGUGAGCGUGUUUUGUGGGAGAGGCUCUGUCUUCUCUGAUGGGACUAGCAUUGGAGAAAGGUGGCACUUUUGGCACUUUAGUGAAUUCCCCAUUUUGUUCUAUAUUGGCCAAGAAAGCAGGAGAGUGAGUAGGCAGAUGUAGAGAUGGAGACACAAGACCCGGACAGUGGCGAGGGAAGACAUACAGAGAGGCACAGGGUCCUGCCUGCCUUCAGCAGGGAGUGCACCCAAUCCUGGCACUGCGGCUCCUCCUGGGCAGAGCUUAAGAUGCUGGCGAGGAGCGGCUUGUGCCUGAACGGCUCAGAGGAGAGAGUUCAGAAUUCCCGUUUACAUAGACUGGUUUGGUUUGUAAGUUUUAGUUCUUCCUAUUAUUGAAGUUCAGAGUUUUGUUUUAUGUUGGUCACUAGGUGAAUGUUACUCAUUUCCCCUCAAGAGCAGCUUGUGUGGGUGUGUGAGCGUGGCGGUGCCCAUGAGUGUGUCUGUGUGUGUCUAAAGAGAGACAGAGACCAAGAACUUGCCCAGUUUUAGAAAUACACUAAUGUGCAGUUAUUGCCUUUUGUCUGUGUUAAAGGCCCAUUGAAUGACUAAUCCAGGCUGAAAGCACUCCCACGUGGGUGUCUGAGUCCAUGAGCCAAGCCUGAGGGGACAGUAUGAGUCCCCAGGUCUGCCGCCCUGGCGCAUCUUGCUGGCACGGUGCCUCAGGAAUAUGGCAACCGAGGUGGGCCUUGAGUUAUGUUUUAACUCAGCUGCUCAGUUCCCAGGGCACAUUUCUGGAUCAGACCCCAUGGGGAUUAGGAGGUACCAAGUGCAAUGUCUUCACAUUCUGCAAAAUGGAGGUAUCUUUUUUUUGCAGCCUCUCUCCUUUUUAGGAACCAUUCUUUCUGAACCCAGGGCCCUGUUCAGAAGUUCCCAGAACAUAAUGGGUCCUUCCCUCAUUUUUCCUGCUUCUUUCUUAUUUACUAAGAUUUUCCUGGUUUGAAUAAGAACCAGGUGAUGAGGUGUGUGGCCCAAGAUGGUUGUCUGCUGGCGACGCGUGUCUCUCUCUCACCACAUUUCCUAAAAGCUAUUCUGAAUUCUGUAGGCUGAAAAUUUAUGUUAAAAAAUCUGAGAAUUGGUAACUGCAGAUAACAGUGUACCUUAAUACUGACGUUCGAGGUAGUGAUCGUGACCAAGGGUGGUUAAGUGAUACGUAGAACUUUUCCAAGAAGGCAGAAGAAAAAAGCCGAGUUGACAGGCUUGAUUAUUAAAACAAGCUCGCUUUGUGCUCAGCUGUGUCGUGUGGUGGUCUGUGGAAACUAAGUGAAAGGACACUCACUUAGAGAUGAAGCUGUCCCUUUCCAAGCAGUCUCUGGUGCUUUUCUUCUCUCAGAAUGAAGAGAAUAAACAUUUGAAUAAAAGCAGAUGGCAAAAUGACUUGCUGCCACCGGAAUGCUGCUGCUUUGGGUUGUGAAUUGAGCCCGACGUGUGGAGGACAUACCAGGUCCACUAAGGGACCAGGUUUUCAUGUCUGAACUUAUGCUAUUAUGUUCCAGGACAGCACAGGGCCUUUGUACCAGCGGCAGCUAGUGAAGUCUGAAAGCAGCUCUUGAACAGGAUCUAGGAAGACCAUCUGGGAGGAGGAGUUUGAGACUGUGUAUGCGACCCUCACCAGACCCCCUUUUGCUCUAAUCAGCAGAAUGUAUCUGACUUCAUUAUUUUUUAAAGUCACUCGUCUCCCAGACCCCUGGAUUCAGAACCCAAGGCCACAAAUCAUAGGCAUGAAGCACUUUCUUAAGACUCUGAUGCAAGGUUGAAUUGUUCCCGUCUAGGCCUGCAUGCUGCUUGACCUGUUCCACCCACACCUCCAUGACCAAGGGCGCCAGAGUGUUCUGCAGCUCAGGCACGGGCUGCUCUUGGCUUUUUCCGUCUGACUCUUGUAAGUCCUCCUUCACUGAAUGUAGACUUGUUGCCAAGUUUCAGAGAAGUGUCGAUUCCCUGUUAACGUGAGACAUCAGUGCUGCCUCACAUUUCCCACUUCAAGUCAAGGCUUACUGUGAACAGCCUUGGAUCAUCUGAAUAUCAUCAGCGGACAAAAUUGGGGCUAUUAAAGAACUCUAAAAGCCAUACUGAACAUGCUCAGAGGGAACUUGAUGAGAAUGGCGGGCCUGGCCAUUGUCUGUCGUGCAGGGCUUUGUCCUAUGUUGUUCAGAAAUCUGGCACCUCUCUCCCUGCCCUUGUUUCUUGAAUGAAAUGCUUUUGGGGUUAUUUAUGAAAGCAGUGAUCCUGGGCAGGCAGCAGGCGGUGGGCUUUAUGGCUCUUUGGAGUUACUAUGGAUCUUGACCUUCUCUGGCUACCUUUAGACAAAGAAUAUGCCAAUACUUGGGGCUCUGAGUUUUACAGUUGAUAUUUAUUUGUAUCAUCUCUUUGUCUAGGAAUGUAAAAGUGAUUCUAAACUAAGAUGUGUAAUAAAAAUCA